AUUUAGAUGUGUAUAAAACUGAGGAUUAAUUUGUCCUCAAUACACUGAAGGCAGUGACGAGUCGAGCCGUGAUUGGUCGAGCUCGCCUCGAACCCUCCCUUUAUAAUUUGACUGUAGUGAGUUCGGAGGUCUUAAACACACCUCGCCGGCAACCGCCACAGCUUGGACACACACAAGAGCACCCUGCACUUUCAAAUCCCUAUUUCAAGAGAAAACUGCAUGUGAAUUAAAGCGGUUUGAUGAACUACUGAACGCCGUGCCGGUUUGCAUCCGCGCUCCGUGCUUAUGGACUUUUAAUUGCAGCGCGCAACACGAGACCCGGGGUUCAACUUUCUUUUGGUCGCAAUUGAAAACAGAAGCUGAUGAUUUAACUGCCAGUCUUUGCGCAUGUGCUCCGCGCACAAAUAAAAGGUUUGGCAAUUUUUUCUUACAACCCCUUUUUUCCUUAAAUAGUUAACUUUCUUCUCUAAAAUUGGCUCCUGUACAAACAGCCGCGUUGGAUCCCUCGGGUUACUGCGAGACUCCGGUGUACAACCCGGAUCUCUGUCCAAAUAUGAUCGCUGCCCAGGCCAAACUGGUGUACCACCUAAAUAAAUACUACAACGAGAAAUGCCAGUCUCGGAAGGCGGCCAUCUCCAAAACCAUCAGGGAGGUGUGCAAGGUGGUUUCGGACGUCCUGAAAGAGGUGGAGGUCCAGGAACCCCGCUUCAUCAUCUUAAACGAAAUGGAUAACCGUUUCGAGGGGCUCGAGGUCAUCUCCCCUACCGAAUUUGAAGUGGUCCUUUAUCUGAACCAGAUGGGAGUCUUCAACUUCGUUGACGACGGUUCUCUGCCAGGCUGCGCCGUGCUUAAGCUGAGCGACGGCCGGAAGAGAAGCAUGUCUCUUUGGGUCGAGUUCAUCACGGCUUCGGGAUACCUGUCCGCGCGUAAAAUCCGCUCCAGGUUCCAGACGUUGGUGGCGCAGGCGGUGGAUAAGUGCAGCUAUAGGGACGUCGUUAAAAUGGUGGCAGAUACAAGCGAGGUUAAAUUGCGCAUCAGAGACAGAUAUGUGGUUCAGAUCACACCGGCUUUCAAAUGCACCGGCAUAUGGCCGCGCAGCGCUGCGCAUUGGCCCCUGCCGCACAUCCCGUGGCCUGGUCCAAACAGGGUGGCAGAAGUGAAAGCCGAGGGGUUCAAUCUGUUAUCCAAGGAGUGUUACUCGUUAAACGGGAAGCAGAGCUCGGCGGAAAGCGACGCCUGGGUGUUGCAGUUCGCCGAAGCGGAGAACCGACUGCUGCUGGGUGGAUGCAGGAAGAAAUGUCUUUCCCUGCUCAAGACGUUGCGCGACCGUCACCUUGAACUGCCGGGACAACCUCUCAAUAAUUACCACAUGAAAACUUUGGUAUCUUACGAGUGUGAAAAACAUCCACGGGAGUCGGACUGGGACGAAAACUGCCUCGGGGAUCGGCUGAACGGGAUUUUAUUGCAGCUAAUAUCUUGCCUGCAGUGCAGGCGAUGUCCCCAUUACUUUCUACCAAAUCUAGACCUUUUCCAAGGGAAGCCUCAUUCGGCUCUGGAAAACGCGGCUAAACAGACUUGGCGACUCGCGAGAGAAAUACUAACCAACCCUAAAAGCCUGGAGAAACUCUGAGGUAAAACAUCAUAACGACAUGUUUGUGAGGUGAAAUCAGAGACCAGACUGUUCAGAGAUCUGAGGCCUAAUCAGAAACUGCUCCACAAAAUGGUCACUGUUAUUAAAACCAGUACAGGUUUUUGUUGCAAAAUGUGCGGUCGUUACUAUGUGGAUUAUUACAAAAAAAAAAAUACAUUUUCGUUUGAAAUAGUUUCCUUAUUUUGUCAACUCAACGAGGGAGCAAACUGUAUCAACAAUCAAAAUAUAUGGUUACCUGUCAGUAUUAUUUUAUUUUCCUUUUUACGGGCCCUGCCUAACAACUUAUUUUACCUUUCAAAACAAAGCUACGAGAAGAGCCUUGACAGAAUAUAACUUGUACAUUUUAUACUGUAAAUAGCCACAUUUGUAGAUUGUGAAUCCGGUGGUCUGCAGUUGUGAAUGUUGUUCUGUGACACGUAAAUAGAAGUAUAAUUCACCUGUUUUAACAUUCGCCUGCAUUAUUUCUGACAGAGAAAAAAACAUUAAGACCUGCAUCAAUGAUAGCUCAUCUGUCUUCAAUGGCAAGUUUCAAAUUUCUAAAGUUUACAUUUUGAUGGUACUAUUUGUUACGUUCCUAAACAUUCCAUACGAAUACUUGAAUUUUUAUUUAAAAUAUAUUCGACCGUUUUUGUUUUAUCCUUGCUUACAUGAUAAAAGGCUGAAAUUGAAAAUAUAUAUAUGGGAAAAUAUACCUGAAAAUAAUGCACUUGAACUACACUGGAAUAUAACAUAUUGUGAUUUGA